UGUUAGAGAGUACAAGUCAGCAUCGUCAUCAUCAUAAUAACCACGCACCAAACUUCCAAUUCGGAGCGCUCUCUCUCGCGCAUUUGCGGAGACGCCGUCGUUUCGGCAACGCCGGUGCCUCCUCCGAUCCAAAUGGCCGAAAAGACGAAGGCGCAGCAGCAACGGAGCUUCACGUUCUCGCUUCCAGUAAGCAUCGUCGUUUUGGCCAUCGCGUUCAUAUACGCCUCCACCGUUUUCGUCUUCAUCGACCGUUGGCUCGGCCUCUUCUCUUCGCCGGGUAUCAUGAACGUCGUCGUUUUCACGGUACUCACCUCCAUGUGCGCCUUCACUUAUCGCACUGCCAUUUCCUCGGAUCCGGGUCGGGUCCCCUCCACCUACGUGCCCGAUGUCGAAGACGUUGAAAGCCCCAUCCAUGAGAUCAAACGCAAGGGUGGAGAUUUGAGAUAUUGCCAGAAGUGUAAUCACUAUAAGCCUCCUCGUGCACAUCAUUGCCGGGUUUGUAAAAGAUGUGUUCUUCGAAUGGAUCAUCACUGCAUUUGGAUAAAUAACUGCGUUGGCCAUGCAAACUAUAAGGUCUUCUUCAUUUUUGUCUUGUAUGCUGUAAUUGCCUGCAUCUACUCCCUGAUCUUACUUGUGGGUAGUCUAGCUUAUGUUGGUAUUCAGGAUGAAGAGAAAAAUGGAAGCUCUUUCAGAACUGUAUAUGUUGUCUCUUCUCUCUUGCUGGUCUCCUUAUCCAUAGCUUUAUGUGUGCUUUUUGGGUGGCAUAUCUAUCUCAUUCUACAUAACAAGACCACGAUAGAGUAUCGUGAAGGAGUGAGAGCUUUGUGGCUAGCAGAGAAAGGUGGGCGUAUCUAUAAACAUCCAUAUGACAUUGGGCCGUAUGAGAAUUUGACAUCUGUUUUGGGACCAAAUAUCCUUAGCUGGCUGUGGCCUACAUCAAACCAUAUAGGUUCUGGACUUAGGUUCCGCACAGUCUAUGAUCUCACACAAGGGACAUCAACAUCGAAAUGAGGUUUUGACAUUUCUUUGCAGUGAUCAUUUGUAAUGUUAUUCAUAUUAACACUUAUGACGAAUGGUUGAGUGAUGACAGUGCUGAAUGACUGGUAAUGUGCUAUCUCUGCUCCGAUGUAAACAAAGUAUAGGCUUUUUUAAUAUGUUGAUCACCCACAAUUGCCGAAGUGUAGGUGUUCAAGAGCUGUUUGCUGCAUAUACCUGAAGGAAUUGGCAAUGUAAUGUGUAUGCCCAUGUGGAUAUUGAUAAAAGAAAACACUUUUUCUGCCUACUUUCUCUCAGCUCUUUUUGCCGACACAAUAGGAUUUCUUUCUUGCCUUCCCCUUCUUCCGCUCAUUAGGUUUUGGAUGAUGUGGGGUUACAGCUAUUGAGUUCUGCUGAUAAACCAGAUGUACAAAGAUUCUGAAACCAGCUCAUCAAAAGGAAGUGUCAUCAAGGGUUUCUAAACCUCUGAGAAUUGUAUUUUUGUAUUCUAAAAUUGUAUUUUCUGUAUCUUAAACUUGGAUCAAAUAAUAUUUGUAUUUUCCAUUUUUUUAUUGAUUGAUUGAUUGUAAUGCAAUUUUUCUUCAUAAAUUGUGUCAGCUAGUUUGUUCGAAAUGGGGAGGAUAUGAAGUGGACUAGUCCCUGCAUUCUUAGCGGUGGCUACCAUAAGGAAGGGUUGAUUGGGAUUUGGGAGGUGCUUGAAGAAGGGGAAGGGACAGAUAUAUUUUCAAAUAAUAAAAUUAUAUUUCCGAGUGAGUAGAUUG